UGCUUUUUGAAAUUAUUUUUUUAUUUGUACAUUCAAAUCAGAGAAUUUAUUCCAGUAUUUCCACACAAAAUUGUGUGCUUGUGUUGCCGUUUUUGUGAGCAAAAUUUAUGGGUGUAAUUUUGGAGGCUAUCUUUUGGCCUGAUGGGAAAAUACUUACAUAAAUGAUGAGUGAUACCAGUGGACAUCUCCAUUCUGUAUGUUAAUCACCUGUUCCAAUGCUGUAAAUAAUGCUUGCCACAUAAAUUACAGAUUACACAUUCCAAUUCUACUAUGGUUCUACCUCUAUUACAGCAUGAAUCUUUUUUUUAUACCUAUUCGGAUAAGAAAAUUUGUAAGGAUUAAAAAGGAAUUCUGAUCCACGCUAUUUUCAUGUGUAAAACAAUCCAGAUAAAAUAGUCAUGACAUUAGAAAAGGAGUAACCAUGUAGAAAGUACGAUUCAGGGCCAAUCUUGCAAUAGGAUCCACAUGUAUCAAUUCUUCAUCUUUUUUUUCUGUGAGAUACUGCUUUACUGGUAACUGAAAAUGCAACAACUCUGUCAGUGCUACUGGGGUAGUUUUACUGUCUUCCCUUUCUCAGGUCUCACUUGAAUAUCUUCUGACAUGUUACGCCUCAGGCUUUUAUUCUUCUAAGAUGGAAUUAUGUAACUUGCAUGCUUUCUGAGAACAGGACUUGGGUUAUGCUCCUGCGCACCACACAGGACUAAAUUAUCAAAAUAGCUUAGAAACAACUUGCUCAAACAAAGGACUAUUAAUUCAUACGUCAGCAGUACCAAACACAAAGUUGAAGUGGAAACCUAAGAAGAAAAAAGGAAAAAUUGUGUAUAUCUUUCUCCUCACCUGUGUUGCUCAGAUGGAUGAAAUUUGCAGUUGGGAGGCAGAACGUGCUCUUGGUCUCUUGUCUCUCAGCUUGGUAGUUUUUCAUUAAAAACAAUGGGCAGCAUUUCUUAGGUUUUUCCUCUUUCAGACCGCAACCCUUUUCUUAGUAGCUUUCAGGGUUUAAGUUCCUUUUGCUCACAAGGUUGGUCUCAGGGAGAGUACCUCAUUCUGGUCUGCAAGGAGUCGCUCAGUGUUACCGCUGCUUUUUGGAAGCUUUGCAUCCAAAAGUGACUCACUCGUUUCAGUGUUUUACCUUUUGUUCUUUAUUCCUCAAAAUAGUAAGACGUCUCCUCUUAUUGCAACUCUGUAACUUCAAGCAGAAAUACAAAACAGAACAGGUAAAAAGAGCCACAUGUAAAAUGCAGAACGGAUCAUACAGAUUCCCACUUAAUCAUAAAUGUACACCUAAGCGGCCGUCAGACAGUGAAGAUCCCGUAAUAAAUAUCCCUCUAGGUCCUUUUUUUGUUCUAAUUACCUAGUUCAUUGUUCUCAGAGAACCAGCUCCGCUGGUUCUGAAAUCCAGGGCUCAGUCAACAAGCUGUGUUACCAGAACAGUUUUUUCAGCAGCAUUUCUGAAAUAAGCCUGUGUGAACCUGUUUUUGUGAUUUGUUGUGUGAUUUUUUUUUCCCCCCCACCCAUAUCUAUUUUAAAACUAUUUAGAUCGUAUGGUACUUUCUAAGGAUAAGAAAUGCCCCUAUGACAUCUUCUACUUAUGUAUUCUGAUAGGAGAUAUAUUUGGCAAAAACUCAAUAUUUUUUUCAGUUCUUUAGCUCCUGAAGUUUAAAUUUUAAUGUGGCUUCAGCUAUCUACUGGCAAUACUUCUGAGGCUGUAGAUAACACUAUAUAGAUAAAUCAUCAAUCUUCAUUUAGUUAAGUGAAUUCUUGAGUAUCAAGUCUAAUUACUGAAGAUGCAUUUAGUAUAGAAACGUAAACUUCUUUGUGUAUGGAAUAAAUCACCGUACACUGAGGAUAACGGGAUGAUUUUCUUGAGAUACGAGUGAUGAUAAUAGAAGUGGCUUUUAUUUCAGAAAAUAAUUAAGUGACCAGUAUUAAUUACUUAAUAGUACUUAAUGGUAUCACAAUAUAUUGCAAUGCUUUGUAUCACUAUCAUGUAAGAUUCAGAAAAGUAUCAGAUUCAUGAAAGUAUCACCCUAUAUAAACAGCAUGUAAGUUUGUCCGAGUUCUUUAUAGUAUGAGGCAGCACCUAUGCAACUUGCCUAGUUAUAAAAAAUAAGUAUAUGUUUAAGCAUCUAUGAAGCUGCUGACUCAGAGACCAAUUCUGUUCUUUGUAUGUUCUCCCUUAAUGCAGAAAUGCUUUUCUGCAUGAAGAUGUAUUGUUUUUACACGAAGAACUGUACCAUAUUGUUCUGUGGAUUCCUGACAUGUUUUCUUCAGUUUUCACUUUCUUACAGGAGCUGUCAGAUCUUAGGAGAGAAUAUUUGCAUUCUAUCUUGGAAAAGCACAAGGCGAGGAACAAGCCUUCAGAGUAGGAAUAAAGAAAUGGCUUUUGCAGUAGUUGCUGUAUUUCCAGUGCCUAAACCUCAAGCGCAUAUGGGCCAAUAAGUCUGUGAUCCAAAUGGAGAGACAGAUGGAAAACAUUACAGUGACUGGUUUCUGGCAUUAAAGAAAACAACCCAGAAUUUUUAUUUAAAAAAAUUAUAUUCUGCAGUUUACCUUGUUUGCACACUUUUCAAAACAUGAAAGAUUUCAGUUAACUUGUGUAGCAAGCAGAUUCUGAUAUAUGCUGUGCUCUCUUUAACAGCCUUUUCCAUUGUAUCGUGUAUGUAACAUCGUUACAUUAUACAACUAUAUUUCAGUGGCAUUGCGUGAAUUAACAUUAAUUUAGCCUGAGAUUAAGCUGUUUUAAGUAAUUAACAUGAACAGAUUUCUCACUAGCUAUCUAAGAGCCACACUUUACUUUUCAUCCAGCGCAGAACCUACCUUUACAUUCAUUAUGGGAAAGCAGACUGGAGAGAACGGUCUUUGGUCACCAAAAACAAAAAAACCCUGACUCAUUUUGCUUCCAUGAGCAAAUACCUGCUGUAUUCAUCUUAUUAUUAAUCUUACGUUUUGGUAUUGGGUAAAUGUCUAAUUUUUCAAGCUAGUUAGCACACUAGAGUAAAAUUGUGAGUAGAUUUAUGAUUUUGGAGAAGAAAUUGUUAACCCUCCCCCCAAAUCGCAGCGUUCUACAUAGGAAUGAAAUUGCCUGAUGAUGUGAAAGGUAAUUUAUUGUAUAGUUUGUGAUUGUUUCUGUGGAAAAAAAAUUGGAGUUUUACCUGUAGAAUACAUGCAGAAAGAUCGGGGGGUUGGGGUUUUUUUUAUUUUUUUUGCUAUGUUCUAUGGUCUGUGGCCUAGCAAUAAGCUGUCUUAGACAUAUGCAGGUUUGUGCCGGCUGGCUGUUAGGAAGCCUUUUAUAACUCCUAUAUAUACUUUUUUUUUUUCCUUUCCCUCCCAGAAAUACUCUUAAUUACUGCACCCUAUAUUCAAAACCACUGCUGAGAUAAACACAAAAGAAAUGAUAAAAUUUUUUCUUAUGGUGAACAAACAAGGUCAAACGAGGCUCUCUAGAUAUUACGAGCACAUGGAAAUUCGUAAACGGACAAUGCUGGAAGCUGAAGUAAUCAAAAACUGUCUCUCCCGUUCAAAGGAUCAGUGCUCUUUCAUUGAGUAUAAGGACUUUAAGCUGGUCUACCGACAGUAUGCAGCCCUUUUUGUAGUCGUUGGAAUCAACGAGACAGAGAAUGAGAUGGCAGUAUAUGAGCUAAUUCAUAAUUUUGUGGAGGUUUUGGACAAGUACUUCAGCAGAGUGAGUGAAUUAGAUAUAAUGUUCAAUUUGGACAGAGUGCACAUCAUUUUGGAUGAAAUGGUGUUAAAUGGUUGCAUCGUGGAAACAAACAGAAGCAGAAUUCUUGCACCUCUGUGCGUGCUUGACAAAGUAGCGGAAAAAUAGCAAGAUGCAAGAAUGAACAGUGUUUUACAAAGACAGUGAAACCAUCAAGACCAUACCAACAGCAAUUUUCUGUUUUCGUAAGGCCAACUCAUGCAAUAGUGAGACUUCUUGGAAAAUAUUCCAUUUAUUACCCUACCUACCCAAUGGAAAGAUACAGCUAAACAUAAAAUGGAAUCUUAAAUUUGCAACUUUCUAUUGACACAGCAGAAGUCUUUCUAAAACAGCCAACAUCAUUUUUUAAUUCACUGAGGAUAAAAGAAUGGAAAUUUGCAUUACUGUCAAGUCAUGUGUGCACUUUAGUAUCACUUUGUAUUAUGUUACAUAGUGCCAGACCUAGGAGAAGAGAGAAAAUUCAGAAAUAUAGUUUCAAAUGGCGUUUCAGCCCUUCCUUUAAAGCACUAACUUGAAUUUUUAUUUUCAUACAACUGUAAAUUACAUUUCUGUAACUUUUAUGACCACUUUUAAACUAGAUUCUGCCUUCUUCAGAAAGCUGAUUUCAUUUGCUUUUCUACAGAAGUCAUAGUUAUGAAAGAAAUGCAAGUAACAGAAGAAUAGACAUGUUUAAGAUUCCUGCACACUGUGGAAGUUGUAACUAGAAAUACUUAGCAUUUAUUAAU